AUGCGGACCAUCCAGCUGUUCAACUCGGAGGCUCAAGCCAACUACAAGAAGGCGGGUCGGGCUGCAAUGAAGAAUGCUGAGGAGGAUGACAUCAUCCCUAAAGGACAGUGUGGGUCCCGAAAGCAGCACCAGUCCAUUGAUCACGCCCUUUCCAAACGAUUGAUCUGGGACUCGCUGAUCCUGGAACGACGGUCUUCCGGCUGGAUCUCAAAUGACGCGAAGUCUUGCUUCGAUCGCAUCGUUCACUGGGUAGCGAAGACGGCCUUGCGGAGAUUUGGCCUGCCGGUCACUGUCACCAACCUAAUGUUUGAUAUCUUGGCAAAGGCUAAACACAGGGUCCAAACUGGCUCUGGUGACUCGGAUCGGACCUUUGGGCCAACUGGCGAUGUUCCCUUCCAGGGCUGCGGUCAAGGCAAUGGCGCAGGCCCGUGCAUCUGGGUUGCGAUCAGUGCCAUACUCAUUGACGCCAUGGAGGCCGAGGGAUUUGGGUACACGAGCCAAACUGCCCUCACCAACGAGGAGUUCUUCGCUUCGUGCUUCUGCUUUGUUGAUGACACCGAUGUCAUGGAGUCAAACAACAACGUGGAGACGACUGGCGAAGACCUCCUUCCUUCUGUACAAUCGGCUUUGGACCUUUGGUCGGGUGGCAUCAGUGCCACCGGUGGAGCUAUCAACCCGGCCUUCUGGUGGCUGAUUGAUUUCAAAUGGCGGCCGUCCUCUGGCACAUGGGUGUUUUGA